GUAUGUUUUUGGAACUGCUCAAGGAUUAUCUAGGCGGUAUAGCAAAGGUAACUCUAAAACAAGGAAAACAAAAGAGGUUCUUAAAUUUUUAGAUAAAUUCUGGAAAACUAAACAUAAAAUGGGUGACUACGAUUCGGACGAUGAGAAAUCCCAAGUGGAGAAGCUGCGGUAUGCGAAAGUUCCGCGUGGAAUGUUUGUAAGCGGCUGGGACGACGAUGCCGACGAACUGAUUGAGGAGGAUAAAAACCCACAAUCUAGCAUUGAACGCAUGAUCCUGUGGGCGGUGAACGAAAACCGCAUCAGCGAAGUGCGAGAGAUCCUUCGCCUGGAUGCAGACACCGUGAACUCAAAGGAUAACGAUGGAUACACACCACUGCAUAGAGCUGCCUACAAUAAUUUUGUCGACAUGGCCAAGUUGCUGCUUCAAUACCGAGCCGAUCCCAAUGCCCGCACUGAGCUGGGAUGGACUCCCCUGCAUUCCGCCUGCAAAUGGAACAAUGCGGAUUGCGCCCAUUUGCUACUUCAGUUUGGUGCCGACGUAAAUGCGGAGUCGGAAGGCAAACAGACCCCACUCCACAUAACUGCAACAGUUUCAAACUGCCGAAAUACGGCCACCGUCCUGCUGCUGGAUCGAAAUAUCAUGCCGUGCAAAGAAAACAAUUCCGAAGAGCUCGCCUCGGUGAUCGCUCGGCGCACCGGAAUGAGUUUUCCCAUCUUUGAGUGCGGGGAAGAAGCCUACGAUUGCGAAACGGGACUGAUAGAUUAACCACAGAACAGCAACGUAAUGGGAAUACCUAUAGAAUAUUUAAUAUAUAUGUUUAUAUCAUGAA